AUGACAAAGCACUGGGGGGGUCCAGGCGGGCUGGCACCACCUGGGAUUGACUUCUUGCCUUCUACAGGAGACCAUCGCGACCAUCACCUUGACUUCAGUAACGCACAGGAGAGAGCUAGCAAUGCACAACGAAACCAUUCUUACGUUAACGUAGCGCGGAAUUCUACAGACCCAUACUGGCACUGCUACCAAAACCCUUCGGUGACAGAGUCAGAAGGCCAAGCGGAGAAACUCGCCCAGGGCCAGGUGAGCAGGGGCGCCGUGCCUAUGGAGAAGGUGAUGCCGCAUGACCAUGGGUCUUAUUAUACAGCUGUACCCAAAGUGAACGUGGAUGGGCCGACUAAGCAGGAGCAGCCUGCCGCAACUAACUCCUGGGAUCAGGAGAACAGUUCCAGUGGGGGCAAGAAAAAGAACUAUCAACGUUAUCCCAAACCGCCGUAUUCAUAUCUCGCCAUGAUUGCUAUGGUCAUACAGAAUUCUCCGGAGAAGAAACUAACUUUGUCCGAGAUUUUGAAGGAGAUCAGCACUCUGUUCCCAUUCUUCAAAGGAAACUACAAAGGCUGGAGAGAUUCAGUCCGACACAACCUGUCCUCAUAUGACUGCUUUGUUAAGGUAUUGAAAGACCCUGGAAAGCCACAGGGAAAGGGCAAUUUUUGGGCAGUGGAGUUAAGCCGUGUUCCUCUGGAGCUGCUGAAGAGGCAGAACACUGCGGUGUCACGACAAGAUGAGACCAUCUUUGCUCAAGACCUCGCCCCCUAUAUCCUCCAUGGUCACACCCCCACCAACAAGCCGGAAACAAUGCCCCCGACACCUCCGCUGCCCCCCGUACCCACUCGGCAUACCACCCCCCCGCCUGACGACCUCUACCGACCCAAACUGGACUCGUCUUUCGCCAUCGAUUCCCUCCUUCACAGCCUCAGGCCUGCCAGCGCAGCAGGGGAAGGGCUUAGAGGGAGAGACGGCUGGGGAGUGGAACCUCCGACUCAGACACGCCCAACUUCGCCACCAUGCCCCCGGUAUUCCUCGUCUAAUCGCAGUGCAUCCGCCAGUUCAGCCAGCCCUGCCUCAUCUUCAUCAGACGAGGACUGGAGAGCACCACGAGGAGGAAAGAGGGGGAACGAUGGAGACCCAAGGUGUGACGGAUUUGAAGAUUCUCGUCUACCCCCAAACAAAACCUCAAAAAGAGGUCCUGCCCCUCCAUGGGAGCUUCCCACCUCCUACGCCAAGUAUACGCCACCUAACGCAGUAGCUCCUCCUAGCAUGCGCUUCAAUGGGGGUCCCUUUGUGCCCCUUGGAGGACUUCCGUUCUACAGCUAUGGAGGCCCCAGCGUUACGACCAAUCACUUUGUUAGCCAUACAUACUGGCCCCUGCUGCCAAACGGGCACGUCUCCCUCCAGGCCCCUCCCCUUCUAAUGGACUUGGACAGUAUGCUGCAGUCAGUUCCACCCAAUAAGAGCGUAUUUGAUGUCCUAGGUCCCGCCAGUCAAACUACACACCCUUCUGCUAAUCAGUACGCCCUGCAGAAUGGACCCACUCUGAGUCGAUAUUCUCAGUACUGA